AUGCUGGUGACAGGCAGAUCAGAGGAGGCAGUCUUGCAAAGACUUAUGGAAUAUGGAUUAAAGGUGAAUUUGGAUAAAUGCCAAUUCAUGCAGGAUAGCCUUGAAUUUUGUGCUCAUGUAACUGACAAACAUGGACUGCAUACCACAGAUGAGAAGGUCAAGACCUUGCAGGAUGCUCCAACUCCACAAAAUGUGACACAACUGAGAUCCUAUCUUGGUCUGUUAAAUUACUACAAUCGUUUUUUGCCCAAUUUAGCUCACAUGCUUUACCCUUUACAUCGUCUUUUGGAGAGCAAAUGUCUAUGGCACUGGACAGUAGAAUGUGAGACGGCUUUCAGUAAGUCAAAAGAACUAGUCCAUAGUUCACGUCUUCUAGUACAUUACAACUUGGAAAAACCACUUCACCUUAUGGACUGGGGGCUGUUCUGUCUCAUUCCAUGGCUGAUGGAACAGACAGGCCAGUGGCUUUUGCCUCCAGAUCACUCACAGAAAAACUACUCUCAGAUAAAGAGGCGCUGGCAGUCAUAUGGGCAGUAA